GGUUGUGUGUGGUGCAUGUGAGGUGUUUUGCGGCGCAAGGGGGCAAGUAGCAGUGCACGGGAAAAGGAGGGGGAAAAAGAACGGGGACAUGAAGGGGGUAGAUACGUACAUGGAGCGAGGGCGCGAACCAAGAAGAAGUGGAGUGGGUGUUGGGGGUGGAGGCGUAGGAGGAGGCGGGGGGGGAGGCUCCGGAGGAGGGGGUGGUAGUGGUGGGCCGGGAGGAGGGUCUAUUCAAACUCUUCGACGACCGCGGACGGGGUUCAAGGACGUGACAGUUUCAGAUGAUGGCGACGACACGAUGGACACAGAAGUCCAUGUUCCGAGGUACAGGGACAGGGAUAGCAGGGGCAAAAAGGAGAGCCCGCUAAUUGGUGUUCAUGGAGUGGGCGGUGGAAGCGGCGGUGGUGGAGGAGGCGGUGGCAGCUCUGCCAGCGGAAUAAGAAACAAGCGCAAGCGCGAGGCGCAGACUCGUAACAGCAUGGCAGAUGAAUACGACGAGGAUGAUGACGACGCGGGAGACAUGGGCACAGGAUCUGACGAGGGGAUCCGCAGGUCGGCCAAACGGCUUCCUGGGAAGGUUCCCGAGGACAGUUCAACAAGCGAGCGGAUCGCCGUCCCGAGGAAAGCUAGAACAGAUAACGGCCAGCAGCGGAGGGCACGCACCGCAAUCAACCCUGCAGCCGUUUUCAAACGACAGGAGACACAAGCGUCGACUGUUUCAGAGCCAGCGACGCAGUCUGUGCAUUCUCCACAGACCUCAGCUCCCGCGUCCGCGUCUGUGCCGUCGUCGACCCUCUCCGGUGGUGGCGUAGGGGGCGGGGGGAGCUGUGUCAGUGGGACGACGAAAUCGAAGCGAAUGGUAUGCUCCGACGCUCUACCGCGACGUGCUGACGUGUCGAAUGUCCACAAGUCAAAUCCACCGAAGCAGCCGAGGAAGCCGGCAAAGAACACAUCGUCGAUAAGCAAUAUCUCGGAGCAAGAACAAGAGGCCGUGGCAGCACUUUGCUCGUUGCCCAUCACGGUGCCGAUCAGACAGAAUUCGCCGGCGAUGCCAGUGUCUCACCAUCACAACUCUCCAUCACCAGCCGCUUCGCCCUCGUUGCCAGUGUCAUCAUCAACUGCCGGGCAGUCGUCAGGGCCCUCUGGCACGAGAGGGCCUUCGCCAGCACCGUCUUCCGCUCCAACGGCUACUACAGAAGUGACGAAGCGGAAACGACCUCGACCACGACCGAAGACCGAGGAUGGGGUUGUGGUGGGUAGGAGCGUUGCAGCGGCUGUGCAAGGCGGUGCCAACGUGACUGCAAAUUUGGGCGCGGACGUGGGGACAGUCAAACACGAUCCAUCUGAUCGUUCCUUCGAGAGCAGCAGGUCCGGGACUGGGGGUGUGGGCGCUGCAGCUGCUACUUCCGGUCCUCCUUGUGGUCCCUCUACGAGCUUAAUGCACCAUCCUCCCGAGGGGAAAGAGUGCAAAGGUGAGAGUGCGCUGGCGGCCCCUCUAUCAUCGAAGGAAGGCUCCGGCAAUGCUGCAAGCAGCGCGACUAACGGAUCGGCAAUUCCAGGCCCAACAGCAGGCUAUUCACUGCCCCACCAUGUUGGUCAUGGUGGACAUGGAUUGUCGACAGCUGUGGUGUCGAUUUCUGGGGGAAGCCAUGGUGGAGGCGGAGGUAAUCCUUUGAAUCAUGGCAAUCCAGCUCCGGCUUCGGGCGCGCCGUUUGCGGCCGGCGCCGGCGCCGCUGCAGCGAGUUCGACGAGUCAUCAUCAGCAGCAGGGCUCGAGCAGUGGGCCCACCAGCAAGUCGAGUAUGGAUAAGAAGAGCACUAGCGCCAUGGAUAAGAAGUCGAUCAAGGCCGAAGUGGAGAGAGUGAACGCUGCAAUUAACAUCGCUCUAGGGGGGGACAAAAGACCUCCAAUCCCCAUCGUUGCCAAUCAGCUGUCCAAUCAAGCGAGUGCAGCGACGGGGGCGGUGGCGGCCGCUUCGACAAGCAGUUCAGCUGCUGUGGCUUCCGCUGCAGUGACGGUCGGGCAAGAGAUCAAGUACAAUGCCCAGGAGAGUAAAAGAGGAGCAGGAGGCGGUACCACGUGUCAGGUUCAGCACCAGGCCCCGUUGUCGUCUCUACCUAGCACGUCCCUUUGCACACCUUCAGCAUCUGGAACGCCUGCUGCAGCGAGCAUACAUUUGGGGGGAGGAGGAGGAGGAUCAUCUACUACCGGCGCUGCUGUUGUCAGCGGAGGACCAGCAUCAGCAUCAACAGCAGCAGCAGGAGGAGGUGGCAUUGGAGGAGGAGGGGGAGGGGGAGGUCUCACCAGCUCUGGAGUCAUCGGUCCUGUCGGAUGUGGGCCGUCACUUACUACGACUCCGUCUGCUGCCGCAGCAUCUGCAACACCAGCAUCAAUUGUUGCUGCGUCUGUAGAAGGGCCAUCACUCUCCCUCCCUAUAUCACUUCCUCUCCCAGGUAUAGCUGACGACUCGUCGGUUCCCGCCUGCCCGUGUUCGAGUCCCGUUCGCGGCUCAGGGUCAACUUCCGCAUCACUUAAUGCAUCCGCGUCCGCCAACGAGCCCGCCACGAGAUUGGAGCUUGGUAAACGGGGCUUGCAGUCUCCCGGUGCUUCGGACAGUGGCCGUGUUGUGAAUCUGAAUAUAGAUCUCAUGGAACAUCCUGACAAACUCCAAGUAGCAGCACCACCAAGCACACGAUCUCCGCGAUUGAGUGCUUCGCUUGAAAGGGGAGAGAAAAUGGAACUCAGCCCGACAUCUCCGUCGGUGGACCUGGCAGUAGGGACGCCAAGGGAUGAAAGUUGGCUUGAGAAGGAGCGGGAGCGAGAGAGGGAAGAGAAAGAGAGGGAGCGUGAGCAAGAACGGGAGAGGGAACAGCGUGAACAGGAGAGGGAGAGAGAGGAGCGAGAGCAGGAGCGAGAGCAGGAGCGAGAGCGGGAUAGAGAAAGGGAGAGGGAACGAGAAAGGGAGAGAGAGGAACGUGAAAAGGAAGAACGUGAGAGGGAGAGGAAGAGGGAAAUGGAACGAGAGAGAGAGAGGAAGAGGGAGAUGGAGCGUGAGAAAGAGAGGAUUGAGAAGGAGAAGGAGAAAGAACAGCAGUGGGAACGUGACCGGGAAAUGGAGAGGGCUGAAACUAUGGCUGUCUCCAAAGCACAGACACAGCGCUUGGGAAAGCUAUCCAAGGCAGAGUCCCGGGCACCUAAACAGGAGAGACCAGCUCCUGCUUCAUCCUGCAGUGCAGCCCCGCCGCCCCCGAUUCCAUUUCCUCCCGUAACAACAGCAGCAUCUCCUGCAGCAGGUGUCAAUCCAGUUAAUGCAGGUGCCAUUCCAAUAUCUAUGGCUGGUUGGCCGCCUCUUGCACCUGCUCUUGGGUACCUACAAACAGUUGCUGCUGUUGCCGCACAAUGGGGCCCUGGUGCUGUUGGCAGGGAAGACACAAGUGCUGCGGCUUCUCAGAUGGCUUUUAUGAUGCCACCACGUCGUCCCUGGAAACGCUGUGCGACUCAUGUUUAUAUUGCGCAGUACAUUGCAUUCCAACAGAAGGUGCAAGAGAACGUUUACCUGCAACACCAGUACAACAGCUCUCUCUACGGCAAGGGCUACAUGCCUCUGAACUCUGCAGAGAGCUUGUUCACAUCCCUGCCGGGCAGCAGUCCAGGGGCCUCAGCAGGUGGUGGAUCAGGCGCUUUGGGAAUCCCCAAUAGCUCGGUCACGGCAGACAGAGUUCAACACAUCCCUGGGAGUGCAACUGUCAGCUCAGGUUCAACCAUUGUGGGUCCAGGUGGGGGUGCACAGGGACCUGGAAAGGAUCGAGGUGUUGUGUAUGGUGAGGCUGGACCGAGGAAGUCGGCAGGUUUGUCCAUGCAGCAGCAUCCACAGCAACAGAAUGCAAUCUCCAUGCAGGGAGGGGCCCAGUUUCCUUAUGCGUCGACUCCACCUGUUUCUUCCUCUGGUCCAAGUUCACAAAGCUCAGGUCUGGGAGUGAGUGGGGUCACGAAUGUGGUUGCUCAGGGGAGUAACACCAUUGGUGGUCAACACAUUGCUGGUGCUGGUAUCGGAAGCAACAAUGGAGCUGCGAGUGGACUUGUAGGGUCUUGCACAGCAAGUGGUGCAGCUGCUGCUGCUGUACAAGCUCAAGCUCAAUACGCUCAGCUGCAGUCGCAGCUGGCACUUAUUCAACAGGGUGGAUUCCCAUUUGCUUUCCCACCUGGGCCCUUCAGCCCCCCCCCUUUUGGGAAUACUCCUCCUGGGCUGGGACCACAGCAGGCUCAGUUCUUUCCAAAUCCGUUUGGUUAUCAUCUGAUGCCACCGGUGCCUCCACAGCAGCCACAGGUGUCAGCUGGUUCUCAGCAGCAGUUGGCGUCAUCAGCUGCAGCUGGUGGCCUGGCCUUGCACCCCCAAAACCAUCAAAACUCCCAACAGAAAAGCAGCAUCAGUCGAGGGGGAGCAACUGUUCCUGCUGGUGGGGCUGCCUCUGGACAGUUACAGAAUCAGCAGGGAUCGCAGCAGCAGGCACAACAGCAGGCUGCACAGUCCCCUCCGAGGCCAGCAAAACAUGCGGCGCAUCACCAGGCGCAGCAACAGCAACAUCAGCAGGCACAACAACAGCACCACCCUCAGCGUAUGGCAAUUCACCAGUCAUCUUCUCUCCAGCAACAGUCUCCACCACGGCAGCAGCAGCUGCAGCAGUCCCAGCAGCAGCAACAAGGGGGGCAUUCUUCACAGCAGCAAAUGGGAGGAGGAACGUCACAGCAGGUGCAAAAUUCUCAGCGGCAGAUCGGACAACAGCAGCGUUCAGCGCAGCAGGUAGACAGGGAAGCAUCAGGUGGAGUAUCUGCUCGAGACAAUGGUGGUCCUGGUGCUGCAAAUGAGAGACUUUUUGCAGGGAUGAAAAGGGUGAUUUAUAGUGGUAAUGCCUCGUCCCUAUCAAUGUCAAGUGGAAACGCAUCCUCAGGGACUUUGGCGCAUGGCAAUGCCCCCACGUCAUCAAGCUCUUCUCCAUCACCAGGUGGGCUCCAUGGACAUGAAAUCAGUCUAAUGCAGGGAUCCUCAGGAAGUCCAUUAAAAACUUCUGGAAAACAUCAGCCGCAGCAGCAUGUAUUGCAUCAACAGGGGGCAUUAAUACAGCAGCAGCACAUUCAGCAGGCACAGCACACACAACUAUCUCAGCUUCAGCAGCACCAGCAGCAGCAGCCACCUGUGUCUAACAAAGGACAGCAGCAACAGCAGCAACAACUGCAGCAGCAGCAGCCUGCACAGUAUCAGUUGCACCAGGCGUCUUCACAGCAACAAGUUACAAAUCAGAUCCAGCAAGCGCAAGUGCUAGGCCCCAUUCUUCAUGGUCCCUCUCACCAGGGACCUGCACAUCAUGCCAUCAUGGCUGGUAUGGCAUCAAGCCUGAAAGGGUUGGAAGGUGCAGCCGCAGCUGCUGCUGCAUCACAGGCAUUUGCAAAUGUGUCGAUGAUGGGGAGGGGGCCUGGCCCCCUUGGGCUUCCAUCAGUUGCUGCAGUCAUGGCAACACAGGGUCAUGGAGCUGUACCAGGAAUGCCAGAUGUGGGAGUCAUGCGUGGUCAAAUACAACAUCAAGGCCAUUCAUCACAUCAUUCACAGCCGACUCAACAGCAGCAAGUACAGAGUCAGCAACAACAGCAACAGCAGCAGCAGCAGCAGCAGCAGCCUCCAGCAGCUCUUCUGCAUAGAGUCCACUCACAGGGGCAUGUUCAGAGGCAGGAUGAAAGCCGAAACGGAAUGGAGGGCUAUGCAAAUAUGCCAGGAAGAGGAAGUAGGGAGGACGAAAGGAAGGGAGCAGCAAAACGUGGAGCCAGUGCGCCAGAUGGAUUGGUCUUUCCAGGUGGAACUUCUUCACGAACGGCCAUGGGAGUUGCCGGGUCAGGGGCUCCUCCUGUGGGGAUCGGUUUGGCUGGCUCUUCGGUCCAGCAAGCACAGCAUAAUGUCCCAUCCAUGAGGGGCAGUACUACAGCGCCACUGCAGAGUGGAGCUGGAGCUGGUGGGCCAAAGCAACAGAGCUCUCGCAGUAAGCAAGUUAUGAGCAUGGUCUCAGUAGGGAACCCGGGAUCUGCAGCUCAAGGAAUGAGUAUGGGUAUGGGAUUGGACAGGUGUGCAGCUGUAGGGACACAGCAGCAGUCCGGCAAGUCUUUGGCAACCUCUUUGGUCCCCAUCGUUCCUGGUGUCACCGCAGUCCGAUCAAGUGGUGGGAAUGUAGCUACUAGUGGUCCGUCAGGUGGGGGACGAACGACAGCGCAUUGUGCCCAAGCCACUGUACCGCCUGGUGCUGGAGGGGUUCAGCAGGUAUUCACUGCUAUGUCAAAGGGCCAAGGUGGGGGUUCAGCAACAGGUACGCAUCAGCGGGCUGGGGCUCCCGUGAUGAGCAGAAUGCCAGCAAACCAGGCUUCUGCUUCUAGUGGUGGAAUUUUGCCACCCUUGCACCCAGUAGGGAAGGUGAGUGGUGGAGCUAUCGGAAAGAACGGUAGCAUGGGAAAGAGCUCGUCAUCGUCAUCUAGUGGAGCUGCAUCGGGUCACAAAGGGCCAGGUGGUGGAGGCAGUGGUGGAGCAAAGAAGGCGCAAUCACAAGGGAAUUCCCCAGCAGGAUCACCACACUUGGGAUUGGGGACAGGGUCCGGUUCUGCUGUGAGUGGAGUAUCGAAGGGGUCAGUAUUACAGCAAAUCCACCAGGUUCAGGGCCAGGCAACGUCGCAGAGUCAUCUGCAAGGACAGCAUGGCAUUCCUCAGCAACAGCACAUUCAGUACUCUCAAGUAGGUGCAACGUCAGCUGCGCUCGUUUCAUCCUCGGGAUACAGCCAACAGGCAUACAAUUCUCAACAUCAUCAUCAUCAGCAGCAACAGCAGCAACACCAUUAUUGCCAGCACCAGCAGUUGCAGCAACAACAGCAAUCAAUGGCAGGUUCUGUCUCGUCGCCAGUACAGUAUGCCUCCCAGCAGCAGCAGCAGCAGCAAAUGUAUCAACAUCACCAGCAGGUACAACAGCAGCAGGGUGCACAGGCCCAAUCUGGACCAGUUCAGGGCCAGCAUCAUCAAGCGCAGCAGCAGCCCUCACAGCAGCACCAGGGUCAGGCAGCCUCUUCUCGAAGUCCUCCUCAGCAAGCCUCGCUGCAGCAACAGCAGCAGGUACCUCAGCAGGCUCCACAGCACCAGAACAUACAGCAUCAUCAACAGCAAAGGUCCCCUUCUCCUCACCCUCAGAAUUCGCCACAUCCACAGCAAUCAAGUGGGGGCCUGCAGCAGCAGCAACAACCAUCGCAGCAACCCCAACAACCCCAGCCACCCCAGCAGCAGCAGCAGCAGCAGCAACAACAGCAGACACCCCCACUUCUGCAGCAGCAGCAGCAACAGAAUUCUUUGCACCACCUUCAGCAACAGCAGGCACACUCGAAUGCAUCAUCUGGAUCAGCCGGGGCAGGUAACACCGCUGCUGUUGGAAACGGUGUCCUUUCGAUGGCUGCUCCCACACUUAGUCUUGGAAAUGGCAGCGGUGCAGCUGGGUCUGUGGUUGGAAGCUCUGCUGCUUCUGGGCGGGGAGGGCCCACUCAGAGUCACGUAGAAAAGACAUUGGCACAAGUCCUACCCAUGCGCACAGGGCCUCAGGGGAAUCGAGGAACAGCUGGGCUGGGUAUGCAGCUGCCUCCUGUACAGUCUCAGAGAGCAUCUGCUGGCAACUUCUUGCACCCACAAUUUGGCCCACCUACCAUGCAGCUUCAGGGUCAAGGUGGGAGUCCAAGGGGCGUGCAACAGUCAUACGCUCAAAUGUCACCAAGCUCUGCCGACAGGUUGAGGAAGCCUGAAAAGAAUAUGCCUGAUAUGAACAGUCAAGAGCAAGCAAACGGCAUUCGUAUGGUGUCUGGCGGGACAGCAUCAUCUCCUAUGCGCGUACCUCCCGGGUCGGUGCCCCUCGCACAUACAUACUCGGCAGGUAGUGGGGGGCGCUCGUCAAAUCUCUCAUCACCGACCAAGGUAGGAGGGAGCAUGUCCGUGGGGUAUCAUGGAGGAGGGUACACAGAUGGAAAUAACAGUAGCAGGAGCGCUCUUUCGCUGUCCAUAUCGUCAGGUCCUGCCGCAUCGCAAGAUGCGAGUCCAUCCAGUAGCGGGCAGCUGGGAGGAGCUGCUAGUGGUGCAGGUAACUCAGGAAGUGAAAAUAGGCCCCAAUAUCAAGCAUCCAGUGGUUCGGUGCCCACAUCGCAAGCCCCAUCACCCUCGUCAUCGGGGCCUGUGUCUGCGUCACAUUCUUCUGUGCCUGCGACAACAAUGGGCUUGGUGAAUGGGGCUGCCACAUCACCGGCAGGCAUCAUGGGGUCAGCACCAGCAGCAAUUGCGCAGCCACAGUCGUAGUGGAGAUGGUGGGCUCAAUGCAGCUAAUGACCUGUAUGGUAGAUUUUUUCUGUCGGGGAAAUGAGGUCACUCUGUGGAGAUUUGAAUAGCGCAUUUGCCUGCGUUGCACACAGGUGCUGGUGCCAAGGAGGCUGUACAGGCUUUGUGCACCAUGCUUGUUGGCAUGCGUGUGUGUGUGCCUGAUGUGUAUGACAAAAGAAGUGAGAGAGAGACCAAGAGUCUCACAGAGAGAGGCAGCGAGGGAGAGAGUAUGUGGGGAAUUUUGGUGCAGGUUGUAAAGAAUGGCGUAGCGUUAGUGUAGCAGUCUUCGGUGACAGGUAUUUGUGAGGGUGCGACAGAUGCUGUGGGAACGGAUGAUGUGUGGUGCUCCAUUGAGGAGUGUGAUUAUGAUGUGUGGUACUCCAUUGAGGAGUGUGAUUGUGACGGAGAUCAUCGAUUGUCACGGAUAUCCAAGCUGGCCUAUAUUUGUUUGGGGUGAAAGCUUAGCGUAAGCUUUCCCUGCCUGGGGUGGGCCAGAGGUGGAAAGGCGUAGAAGUUGGUGCUGCACAGGCUCCACAUGUUCCAUAGACGUAGUGGCAAAUUUCCAGCAAGCAAGUUUGGUGGUUGGCUGCAGCGAGGGGAAGUUUUGGCAGAGGACUUAGCUGGAUCAUUCUGCUUACAGUGGGACGUGGAUUGACGAGGCGGGACAAUCGUUCAUCGAUGAGCUAGUGGGUAAGUGUGCACAUGUGUUGGAUGGUUGAGUGCCUUGUGUGCAUUGUUGUGCACAUGGAAGAGCUGUCAUUUCCAUCAGCAUAAGUUCACAUGGCACUAUCGUAGGGACUGGGUAUGGUGAUGGAGUGUAGCAGUUUGGUCCUUUGUAGGGACUGGGUAUGGCGAUGGAGUGUAGCAGUUUGGUCCUUUGUUUGGCAGAAGACGCAUGGCUUUGAUGUACAGACUAGUAUUAUGCUCUUGGUUUGCAUUAUAUGCAGAAAGAGUCAUUUUUCCACUUCACCAUCUCCUGCUUUUGUGCAUCCUCUUAUGAUGCCAUUUUCACGA